AUGGCUAAGAAAUCAUUGGCAGAGCAAAUCGCCGAACUCAGCAAACCCCAAACUGAUUUCGAUAUAGAGGAUACCGAGUUUCGUCAACCGGAAGAAAGCGAAUCCGAGAAUUCCAAUGAUGAUGAAGCAGGGAAUGAUCAUUACGUUAAGGUUGGUGAUUCCAAAUUAAGAAAAAAUAUCGAGAAAGUUGCUCUUGGAGGGAAAUAUAAAGGGCACGUCACCAGUAGGCAAGACUUGGUUGACGAUGAAGCCGAAGAAAGCGGAGAAGAACCUAGUGAACCUAGUGAGGAUGAGGAAGAUGAAGAGGAAGAGAGUGAUUCCGGAGCCUCAUUGAGAUCUAAUUCAUCGGAUGAGUCCGAGCCAGAAGAGGAUGAGCAAGAAGAUGAAGAUCUUGUUGCUAAAAGAAGUAAGUUGAAAACUUUAUUAACUCAAGAACGUAAGCAUAUUAUAAAUAGAUUAUCCCAAUCUACGUCUAAUGAUUCAAUUAAGGGUUUUGCUAUAUUACAACAACAAAAAAUGUUUGAUUCAAUUAUCGACAGUCGUUUGAAGAUACAAAAAGCAUUAACCAAUUCAAAUCAAUUACCAAUCAAUUUCCAGGCACUAAAAUCAGAAAAAUUAUCAACCAAGAAAACUAAUUCAUUAAUUGAAUCAUCAACUGAGAAAUGUUAUGACUUAUUAGACAGCAUUUUCCAAUUAAGAAAUAAAUUGAAUGAAAAAGAUGGUACUUCCACAACUCCUAAUCCUAAAAAGAGAAGUUUAUCAACUUAUCUUGAAACAACUAGUAAACACGAUGCAAUUUUGAACAAGUAUAGAUCAUCAGUACUUAUUAAAUGGUCGGCCAAAAUCCAAAAUUCGUCUGGUUCCACUGCAAUUAAUAAUGGGAAAUUCAAGGCAAUUAAUCAAAAUGCUGAACAACAAGUAUCCAAUAACUUAUCUGAUAUGGAUAGACUAGUCAAGAAGACCAAAUUAAAUCGUAGAAAUAUCACUCCUUUAGCUAUUGACUAUUACACCAAGAACUUCACCAGAGAUGAUGAAAAAGAUUUAAAACAAGAUGAGGAUGAUUAUAAUCCAGACAUCCCUCGCCAAAUAAAUAAUAAUGAAAAUAAAAAUCAGUUGAUUGAAUUGAAUUCAAUUUUUGACGAUGAAGAUUUUUAUCGGGUUUUACUCAAUGAUUUGGUUGAUAAAAAAAUCCAAUCAACAAAUCCAGCCAAUGGAUUAACCUACGCAUUAAGAAGUGCCCAAAAAGCCCAUAAAUUAAAGAAAAACGUCGAUACAAAAGCCUCCAAAGGUAGGAAGUUAAGAUACCAAAUCCAAGAACCAAUUAGUAACUUUGAAACUCCCCAAAGUAAUUGGACAUGGAAUGAUGAUCAAAUCGACGAAUUCUUUGCCUCGCUUCUAGGCCAAAAAGUCAACAUGAACGAGCUUGAAGACGAACACUCCGACGAUGACCGUGACUCGGAUAUCAUUGAUAAUGACAACUCCAUCAAGUUGUUUGGUUAA